AUGCAAUUCUCCACCGUCGCCUUAUUCGCUGUUGUCGCUGCUUUCGUCAGCGCUGAUGUUGUCACCGAAGUUGACACUCAAUCUACUUUAGUCACUGUCACUGAUUGUGACUCCACUGUCACUGACUGUCCAGCUAAGCAAACUGAAGCUCCAGUUUCUUCUGCUCCAGUUUCUUCUUCUGCUGCUGCUAACACCACUGUUGCUGGUGUUUCCACUUACGAAGGUGCUGCUGCUAAGGGUCAAUACGCUGUCGGUGUCGCUGCUUUAGCUGCCGGUGCUUUAUUAGCUUUAUAA